AUGAGCGACUCGAGCUUGCGUCAGAUCUGCGCUGAUGCAACGCGGGCCUUCCUCCAGAAGAACUAUGCUCAAUGUCUUCUUGAAAUUCAAAAGGGUAUGAGCAUGCAUUACUCAAUCCCCGGCUCAGACGCAUGGCUGGAACAGCUGCUUGUCUUGCGCUUCACAGUGGUGCACAGUGUCUAUGUGAGCACCUCGGAACGCACACGAGUGCUGGAUGCACUCAGUCGCGAAACAUCUAUCAUCAAGCUUUUUUCUAUGCCACCCAGUCACUUGUACGCGACCCUGUGGUACGAGUGUUUGUACACCAUGUCUCAUUUGCCCAUCCCUGACGCUUGUCCUUCGACACUUGAAACGUCUGACGACAUUUGUACUAUGAUUCUUCGUCUCCCCGCUCCUUUGAUUUCAUCUGCGAUUCUCAUGGCUUUGCGGAUGGAUACAUACGCUGACACGACGCAGCGGAAAGGGACCCCGUCGUCUUGUGCGCGCCAAACAUGUGAAUGUUUUUUUGCUGCUACCCUGCACCAAGACGAACAUCAUUUUGAUCUGAACACGUAUGAAAAAAUCCUUCGACUCUAUGUACUCCAGGUGUUAGGCACGCAUCUGGGCGAAUGGGACCACGCUCGUCAUGUUAUCCAGGACUGCGUUUUGCCUACACGAUCCAAAACAGCCGCUCUUAAUGAUCUCGAAAAAUUACAUAAAGAGCUGGACUUGCGCGUUCUACGAGAAUCUGAUGUGCUUCGCCAUGCCCAGCAGCAGUAUGCCGAUGAAAUGGCCCGACGGUCGUCUACCAAGGCCAAAGAUACCCCCACGUUUCAGGACCAAGAUGCCGUCGCGAUAAAAGAUGAACCAAUAGCCUCAGCGAAGCUUCAACGAACGUCUAGCAUCCAUGGUCGAGAAAAGAAAAAUACGUCCACCCCUACGUCGGAACUCAUGGAGCAAGGCGACACGCAUGCCAUGAAACGCUCCCAUCUCCGGUCCUAUUUGCAACGGCGAUCCCUAUCUGAGUCAUCCUCAGAACUUUCAAGACCUCGGCCUGUUAAUGCUUCAUAUUUGCUCCGCAUUUUAUCGUCAUCUCUAACUCGGCAAAGCGUCGUGUCCGUCAUCGUGCUUCUGGCUACCGUCUUGCUGGCCUUCCUUUCGAAAAAACGAGGACUUUUGACGACACCAAAUGGUGCUUCUUGGUCGCAGCGACUAUGGGAAACGUUUCGAAUGGCUACACAAGUUACCUACUUGUAG